UUUUCAAAAACCCCCAACCCUCACAACCCACAUUCAAAAUGACUGGCGGAAAGUCUGGCGGCAAGGCUAGCGGUUCCAAGAACGCGCAGUCCCGUUCCUCCAAGGCCGGUCUGGCCUUCCCCGUUGGUCGUGUCCACCGUCUGCUCCGCAAGGGCAACUACGCUCAGCGUGUCGGUGCCGGUGCUCCCGUUUACCUGGCUGCCGUCCUCGAGUACCUCGCUGCUGAAAUCCUCGAGUUGGCUGGUAACGCCGCCCGUGACAACAAGAAGACCCGUAUCAUCCCCCGUCACCUCCAGCUUGCCAUCCGCAACGAUGAGGAGCUGAACAAGCUCCUGGGUCACGUCACCAUCGCCCAGGGUGGUGUCCUUCCCAACAUCCACCAGAACCUCCUCCCCAAGAAGACCCCCAAGGCCGGCAAGGGCAGCCAGGAGCUGUAAACGGUUUUUCUUCUCGCGGGUU